AUAUGAGCCAGAAGUUGCCCGACGAAUAAACAUCAUAAAGAUGAAGAUUCCCACGCAUAGUACGGGUGGGGAAUGCCCAUGUAUGCACCAACAAGUUUCAACACCUCCCAAGUUUGGUCGACUUAUAUUCCAUAACCUCCCUCCUCACCAUAUCCGCUUCAUUGGGCGACAUUACUGGGAUCUCGGGACCUUUGUUUUCACCUCUUAAGGCAAGUAGAACCCUACGAGACAUCUUAGGCUACUGUUGGUGUCGGAUCACCCGAGACCGCCGCCAUUUACCUGCGUUGGUGUUGCUACCUUAAGCAGGCAGAAACACGACAAAUUGUCAUUCUUAGACCCUAAGCUAUAAAUCAUCGACAAUGUUACAGAGAUCUGGACUCGACAAAUAUUGCGAGAAAUGCAGCAUGAAUGUCAAUGAAGUCACCAUGGCAGCUGGACUUCCAGAUUCGACAAAGAAUAAUGAUGGUAAUGGACAUGGUUCUACGAAAUCGAGCAUAACAUCCGCCCCUCUUCACGGAAGCUUCUUCGGCAUUGACAGCAGUCGUAGCCAAAUGCUUCAGAAAGCUACUUUUACCAUCGAGGGGAUGACCUGCAGCUCAUGUGUUAGCUGCAUCACUCAUGCUGUUGGGAGUCUAUCCUGGAUCAAAUCCGUGAACGUCAACCUUCUGACGAGCAGCGGGACGGUCGUGUUCGAAGACAAAUCUCGACUUGAUGAAAUCAUAGAAAAGAUUGAAGACGCCGGUUUCGACGCUUACUUGGACACGAUAACUGAAUUACCAACUACAGCAGAAAAGACAUCCGAAAUGUGCGCUGUCGAUGAAUGGAGAGCAGUGUUCACGAUGACAUCCACGCCUGGCAGUGCAAGUGUGGCCGAUCUGGGUCAGGCUCUCGAUGAGAAUAGCUGGAUUAGAAGCGUUGACGUCGACGUAUUGUCAAACACUGCCUAUGUCGCUUUCACUGGUAGAGAGAAUCUACGAAGGAUCGAAUAUAUUAUCGAGCAAGCAGGCUAUAAUGCUACCAUCGACACGGUCAUACAUGAAACAGUGACUCAGGGGCACCAUGAGCGACUUCUAAGUGUUGCCGUUGCCGGAAUGUCCUGUCAUCACUGCCCAAUACGCAUCGUCAGAGCACUCACAACACAACACGAACAUGGCUUCAAAGUGAAGGUUGUUCGAGAUCCGCCAUUUUCCAAAGAGCAACCUAUUAUAACGCUUCGAUAUAGACCAAGUCCACCUUUUUUCACUGCUCGGCAUAUUCUCACCAGGAUCACGACCCUAGACCAAGCAUUGCAACCAAGCAUAUAUCAUCAUCCAACAAUCGAGGAGAGGGCCCAGAAGAUGCAUAGUCGCGAACGAAAACGCAUCUUGCUUAGACUGCUUCUCACAAUCAUAGUGGGGAUUCCGUCUUUUACUCUGGGAAUUGUAUUCAUGAGCUUAAUCGACGCCCAACACCCCAUUCGCAAAUAUUUUAUGCAGCCUAUGUGGAUAGGAAAUGCUUCCAGGCUCUCUUGGGCUCUGUUCUUCCUUGCGACUCCGGUUUAUUUUUUCGCGGCGGAUAUUUUUCACCGGAAAGCACUAAAGGAAAUAUAUACCUUAUGGCGGGCCAGUAGCCGGACUCACAUGUUACGCCGAUUUUAUAGGUUCGGCAGCAUGAACAUGCUGAUAUCGUUGGGAACUACGAUAGCUUAUUUCGCUUCUGUUGCCGAACUAGCAUUGGCCGCUGCUAAAAAAACAUCUGGGAGCAUGUCUGACUCCUACUUCGACGCCGUCGUCUUUCUGACAAUGUUUCUGUUGAUAGGAAGAUAUCUCGAAGCGCAUAGCAAGGCCAAGACCGGUGACGCAGUUAUUUCGCUUGGGAGACUUCGGCCAACUGAGGCUGUUCUAGUUAUUCCAGGUGGCAGCGAUCAAACAAUUGCAACAAAUGUUCUUGAGACAGGUGACAUUAUUAGAGUCCCGCAUGGAGCAUCGCCACCAUUUGACGGAAUGAUCAUCCAUGGAAUGGCCGUCUUCGAUGAGGCCAGUUUGACCGGCGAAUCUCGCCUGGUCCCUAAAGAACCUGGCGACAUGGUCUACUCUGGCACGAUCAACAAAGGGCAAUCUGUUGAGAUCAGAUUAACAACUAUUUCGGGAACGUCCAUGCUCGAUCAAAUUAUCAAUGCCGUUCGGGAAGGCCAGACUAAGCGUGCACCGGUCGAGAGGAUAGCCGAUGCGAUAACAGGUCAUUUUGUACCAUUGGUAGUAUUGGUAGCCAUUGGAACGUGGGUAACUUGGGUUUCCCUCGGAACGAGCGGCAUAAUUCCUAGCGACUGGAAGAAUAGCGGUUCAGAAAGCUGGGCUUUAUGGUCUCUUCGUUUUGCCAUAGCGGUAUUCGUAAUUGCCUGUCCAUGCGGCAUUGGACUGGCGGCCCCAACGGCCUUGUUUGUCGGAGGUGGACUCGCUGCAAAUCAUGGUAUUCUCGUGAAAGGGGGCGGACAAGCUUUUCAAGAGGCUAGUAGAUUGGAUCACAUCGUGUUUGACAAGACAGGUACACUUACCCUAGGUUGCGAGCAUGCGGUAGCAGACUGCACCUUUAUUGAUACGAGAAAUCGAGACCAGAUCCUGGGCAUGAUCAGUGGGCUAGAACAGAACAGCAGCCACCCAAUCGCCAGAGCAAUUGUGUCGUAUUGUGAUUGCCAUGAAUCUCCUAAGCUGGACUUCCAGGAUGUCGAAGAGAUCCCUGGAAAGGGUCUGAAAGGAGCUCUCACGAUCAACGAGGUCGAAUGGGGAAUCAUUGUUGGGAGCGAAGCGCACAUGUCUGAUUACAACGUUGCUAUACCCUCCACUGAAUUGGAUAGGCUCCAGUGGUGGAAACGCAGUGGCAAGUCAGUUGCUUUGGUUGCCAUGCAAUCUUUUGACACCAUCGGCUCGGAAAAUGAGAGGGAGACAGCAGCAUGGAGCCUAAUCGCCGCAUUUGCCAUUGCCGACGUCAUUCGCCCCGAGGUUUGUGGAGUGAUUCGGGACUUACAGACACGAGGUAUCGAUGUUUGGAUGCUGUCAGGUGAUAACGUUGUUACUGCAUGUGCAGUGGGUAUCCAGGUCGGCAUCCCCCCCGAUAACAUCAUUGCUGGUGUACUGCCUGAUCAGAAAGCCGACAAGAUCCGGCAUCUCCAAAGAACACACCCUAGCACGAAAAGAUCGAAAUUGCUGAGAAAUAUAUUCCGACUCAAAGUCAGUGGCAAUAGUAAGAGGACUAAAAGAGCGAUUGUAGCUAUGGUUGGAGAUGGCAUCAACGAUUCAGUUGCCUUGAGCGCGGCAGACGUUUCCAUCGCAAUCGGGUCUGGGUCCGACAUCGCCAUUUCAUCCUCCUCUUUUGUUCUCAUCAAUUCGAAUCUUGGUGCACUUCUUACUCUGCUCGACCUUUCUCGUGUUGUCCUUCGGCGCGUAUAUCUGAAUUUUAUGUGGGCCGGCAUUUAUAACAUCAUUGCAAUGCCCGUUGCAGCUGGUGUUUUGUAUCCAAUUACCACAGGUACUACCCAGGGAAUGAAUAUGCACCACAAUGGUGUAGCAAUGGAAGCCGGACUCGGUAUGGGGGCUACAGGCGAAAAACAUAUACGACUAGAUCCUGUAUGGGCGGCUCUUGCGAUGGCUCUGAGUAGUGUCAGUGUAGUAUUGAGCAGCUUGGCCUUGCGCUCAAAUAUUCCUGGGUUAGGAUUCAGAGCGAGAAAGGCAGGGGCGGCGUGAGAUAGCUGGAUCGGAAGUGCAUGAUUAGACUUCUAGCUGCCGCAUAACGUGGUAACUGUUUUCUUAGAUCAGACAUUCAAUGAUGAG